AUGGCGUAUCGUCAUCGUAUUGGCCGUCGAUAUAAUCCACCUCAAAAUGAACUUUCAUAUACUGAAAAUUUUCUUUAUAUGUUAGAUCGGUUAUCCGAAGAAAACUACAAGCCUAAUCCAAAGUUAUCUAAAGCACUUGAUGUUUUAUUUAUUCUACAUGCUGAUCAUGAACUUAAUUGCUCUACCGCAGCCAUGCGUCAUAUUGGGUCAUCACUAGUAGAUCCUUACAGUGCAGUAGCGGGAUCAGCAGCAGCACUAUAUGGACCACUCCAUGGUGGAGCCAAUGAAGCAGUUUUACGAAUGUUAGAAGAAAUUGGAUCAAUUGAUAAAGUUCCAUUAUUUUUGGAGCAAGUUAAAGAUCGAAAACGAAAAUUAUUUGGAUUUGGACAUCGAGUUUAUAAAAAUUAUGAUCCAAGAGCUAAAAUUAUCAGAAAAAUUGCAUAUGAGGUUUUUGAAGUCUGUGGACAAGAAUCUCUUAUUGAUGUUGCUAUUGAAUUAGAAAGAAUAGCAUUACAAGAUGAAUAUUUUGUAAAAAGAAAACUUUAUCCUAACGUUGAUUUUUAUUCCGGUUUAAUUUAUAAAGCUAUGGGUUUCCCAACUGAUAUGUUUCCUGUAUUAUUUGCGAUUCCAAGAAUCGCUGGAUGGCUGGCACAUUGGAAAGAAUCAUUGGAAGAUAAAGAAUCUAAAAUUUGCCGUCCCAGACAAGUUUAUGUUGGACCAAGGGUUAGAUCAUAUGUUCCACUCGAACUUAGAGAAACUUCGGAUAAUAAUAUUAAUACCAAAGUAGAGCAUCCAUUCAGCAAAAGAAGUUUAGUUGCUACUUUUGAUAACAAAGAUCCUACUUUAUCAAAACUAUAA